AUGCUGAGCGGAUGGACAACAAGGGCUCGUGGAUCUCUGGCGACCACCGCUUCCAGUUACCCGCCGGACGUCCCGGAGGGGCAUCUAGCCGUGUGCGUGGGAAGCAGAAAACGCAGAUUUGUGGUGAGAGCUUCGCAUCUCAACCAUCCGGCUUUCAGAAAGCUGCUAAUCGAAGCGGAAGAGGAGUACGGGUAUUCUCAUCCUGGUCCGCUCUCGCUUCCCUGCGAAGAAACCCUUUUCCUACACAUACUUUAUCAGAUCUCAUCCUCCUACGCUUCCCUGUUCCCUGAAGCCGGCGGGGAGAGAUCCUGGAAAGCUGAAAAGUAUCAGAUCUUAAUGGCGGAGAAGGAGAUGUGGUUUGUGGCGGGAGAUUCGAAUUCUGCGCGCGGUAGAAGAUCGGAGCGUCUCGCUGUGGCCUGAGAUUUGAGGGUUAGAGGAGGAUAUGAGCUUUUUUUUGAAAUAGGAUGUUCAUCAUGUAAUUAAUCUAAUUGUUUCGGGGUAAAUUAUGAAAAAAUUGCA